AUGCAAGACAAGCCGAUAGCAUUUAUUAAUGAAGUUAGUCAAAUACGAGACGAAAGUGAAGUUAUGCUUCCGAUGGGCAUUGUGUUUCGCACUGCGUCAUAUGAAGAAGUCAACGACAAUUCGAAACACUCGGUGAAAAUUAAAAUGGUUCGUGGUAAAGAUGAGAAACAAAUCGAGAAAGAUCUUAGUCGCUUUCAUCUUUUGGAACAAACGGGUGUUAGCUGUUUGACUUUGGGUUUGGCCAUUGUUUUGAAAUCCACACGCAAUUGUCAACACGUUGGACAAUAUUAUUGCAACGCCAUGUCUGAUGCUCUCAAAUCGUCAGAUACUCAACUCGCUGAACAGCUCUCGGCUUUGUCUAACAGUAAUGUUCAACCUGUGUUGACGCCGAACAAUGUUGUGGAACCAUCAACAAAUAAUUUGCUCAACGGACCAGUGGAACAGGUAAGAAACUGUUACAGGGUUUAACCAAAACUUUUAACUCAAAACUAUAUUCAAAGACAAAUACAACACCGCAAUCAGCUGCUGGUGUGGCGAUUGCGAAACAUAUUACUCUUAUUACCAAAGCAACUGUCGUUUUUCAACAACCACGUACGCGCUUAAUCCUUAUAUUCGUUGGCGUUUUUAUCAUGAUGACUGCCGUUGUGAUACCUCUCGCUGUCAUCCUUUCACCCAGUAAGUCCCUUGAGCUUCAUAUUGUCUCUUCUGCUGAAUGUAAAAAAACGAUGGUAAACGGGACAAUGUUUCUUUUCGUUUAGAAGUCACUAAAAAGUAUCAGCCAGGGGCUUUGAUUUAUACUAUAUUCGGCAUUUUUCUGAUAACUCUCCUCUUUCUUUUCUGUAGAAAGGAAAAUAAUUUUUGACAGUCACUUUUCAAGCUGAAAAACUUGAUCUCAUUUUGUCCAUUUUCGACCACCAAAUGUCCACAAUAAAAACAUUGCGGACUUAUAAAUCAGAUGCAACUUUCUCUCCAGUAAACCAGAUAUUCCAUUUGACUUCUUGCAUUUUCUAUACUCACGUUGAACUUUCUUUUAGAAACAAGUUCAACAGCGACAGAUUGCCAUACAACCUGUUCGGCUGUCCCCUCUGUUCAAAAUCCGUCGCUGAAUUAUCAAGUAGAACAUCUCAAUUUCAGUUGUUCUCAGUCUCUUUCUAAUCUGACCAUUACUCAAGUUGUACAGCGUAUGUAUAAUGAAACUCAUGCUCAGCAAUACCAAACCUUCUGGAAUUAUUCAACCAAUAUGACAUAUGUUCAAACUUCAACACAAAUAAUCUACACCUGGUUCUCGUUACCGGGCAUGAUCAUUGCUAAAGAGAGUUUUCCUAACUUUAUCGAAGCUCAGUUUUUCUAUACAACCGGUUCGGCACGUGUCACAAGUAGUGACACAUGGCAGGUGUCACUUCAAUCUACCUGCGGAGAUCAACUGUAUCUUUCUGGAACCUUUUAAUCAGUCGAUGACACGCGAAAGACUGUUUGCAUGAGUUAAGCGAACGUAAUCUCUUUGUGUUCUAUAUACCUUCUACUGCUGAUGCUUUUUUCUAAAAAAAUCUUUCGAAUGUGAUACACACUGAUAAUUAUGGACUGUAUCACCAACUACGAUUCACUAUCCUUGCUCUAUAUUUUUCUCUUUCUGUUAUCGUUAUAGUCUUUUGCCAUCUUCUAUAGAUACACGUGAAAAUUGAAAGGGCAAAAUAACUUCAAUAAUCUAGAUAAGAAAAGGUAUACAAUCAUUCCAAAACAGAGGAGGAAACGCUAAGAUCAAAGAGCACAUGUGAACAUAAAAAUAAAAGUAAACUAAACAAUGAAUAAAAGUAGAAUACAGGACUAAUAAUCCACAAUACUCAGGAGCUGCCAUCAUCCUUGAGAUAGACGAAGACCGUGAAUAGAAAUUUGAAAAAAAUAUAGAUUAGCUAGAAGACACAUUUACAUAAUCCUGACUGUCUACUGCUUGUAGACCGAAUUUACUUCCACAAAUCUAUCAUGACUAUAGAAAGAAAAUGAAGUUCGAAAAUUAAUAAUAUGUGAGAUGAGAAUGAAGGGCACGACUUGUUGCUCGU